UUCAUAUGUAAUUGAUGGAAAAAUCCCCUCUGGAAUAUCAUUUGGUGUCAGAUUGUCAAUUGAAAAUUGAAUCACCAAGUCUUGAUUUCAGCAGCAUAAGCUGAAACGAAGGAAAUAAAAGCCAUGGGACCUUAGUCCCCUUACCUUUUUGUAAGCAAAUUCUUCUCUCGGUCGCAGUUGCAGAACACAAAAUGUUGGCUACAUAUAUAGUAUUAUUCAUACUUGCCUCCCUAAUUUUGGGCGAAACACUUGUGUUCUUGGGGAUAUGGUUCCACAUCUCAUUUCAAGAAUCAAUUAUUGUGGCUUUGUCUCACCUUCACAAAGGAAAAGGCCCUUUGAUUGUAACAAGGAUACGGAUAUUGAUGUUCUGCGUUUUGCUGUACUGGGUAUACAGCACUAGUGUCAUAUUUUAUAGCCGGUGGAUUUUUCAUGGCCCCAUCAAUUGGAGAGAUGAUGUUGCUCUCUAUCUCCUAAUUCUGCAGGCUUCUCUCCUGGGAUUUUCGCUAUUUGCCUGGAUGUUGUUGGACAAAUUGUACCCUGUAAUAAUGGAGCAUCAUUCUGUUAGGAAGAUUAUCAAGGCUGAAGAAAUACUUCUUCAGGAAAGAAAAUUGCUUAUGGGGGAUCAUAGUAGAGUUUUACAGGGCAAGAUUGCCGAAUUGAGAGCUAAAAUGAAGAAGCUGGAAACGGAUUGUAAGAUAAAAGCUACUAAGGCUCAGGCUGCAGGAGCUAUUGUUUUGAAAUUAAAAAACCAGUUUGAAGAACUCCAUUUUAAAUAUGAUCGUUUGUUUGAAUACAAUCAGACACUUCGAAACCAGUUGCAGUCAAUAAGCCAUGAGGUUGAGAUUAAUGAUGAGUCAGAUGGAUGGUCUAACUUGAAAAUUAAGCUGGGUUGUCCAACCCUUGAAAAUAAUGGACAAAGUGUCGAUUUUAAGAAUGUAAUGGAGGCAACAACAAAAUGUGGUGAGUACCUUGUCUCUGACACUCAGUCAUCGUCCUCGCCCAGACAUCGCAGGCCAAUUUAUCAGUGUUGAGGACAAAUAACCAACCUGCUUCCUUUGAAAGAUACUCGUCUGUGUAAGUAAAACUUUUGUAAAUUCUCAAAGAGAACUGAUGGCAGAAUGUUGUACAUGCAUUGCCUUAAGCUUUAUUUUCUUUC